AUGAAGCUCUCCUCUAUUUCCUCAGUGACCCUAAUCGCUUUUUUCGGCCUUGCUGCGGCCUCGCCUCAGCGCGGCGGUAGCCGACAGCAGCAAGCCGCGGAUAGGAAGGCUCUUCAAGAUCUUGCCGGGACUGAUGUUGACCCUAAUCUUGAAAACGGCACUACGCUUCUUUCAAGUGGACAAGGGGAAUGCAUUGCCGUCUCCGGGAAAGCUGUCUGUUCUGAUAACACAGGGGCUACAUUUAAUCCUAAUUAA